AUGGUUCGAAUCAUGGACAACUUCUACUUCGACCCGCGCGGCAAGAUCGCCAUCUUUCCGAAGGACAGCGUGGUCGACAACUUCUACUCGGCGCUUUGGGAGUGGCCCAAUCGCUGGCGCGACUACUGCUGCCAUCUCCAUCCACGAAGCGCUGCACUGGCCUGCAAUGCCGAGGAUUGGCGCCGCCUUCGCUUCAAGCGCUGGAGCGUUGGCAAGUCCCAGGCGCUGCAACGGCGGGCAUUUGCGGAAGGCUUAAGCCUGCAGCAGGGCAUCAAGGAGUUCCUGAUCAAGCCCAUCCGCGAGGCCUGCGAGAUGAAACGCGCCUUCUUUCUUGGCAAGGUCACUUCCCGGUUCGUCGACAACUUCUGGGCCUCUGCGCCCAACGACGAUGUGCACCCGCCUGCCGCGCCCUUACGUGCUUACCGCUUUACUUCCGCCGGCGGCCGCGCUGCAGAGGUGGUCGAUGGUCUUCCGCGCGGCUGCAUCUUCAAAGUGGGUUUCCAUCCCAGCGACCCGAACCCUUAUAGUCAGAAGGUGAUUGUUAUGGACGAAGGCCACCAUCUCACCCGUCCGAACAAGAUCUAUGAGCAGCAGCUGAACCAGUUGCGCGAGUACGUCCAGAAGGCGAAGGGCUCCGUCUUCGUCAGCUGCACUGGGUCCAUGGAGGCCGAUGCUGCAACGGACCCGAGGAUGCUACUGGACGUCGUGAAAGGAGACUGCAACAAGCACGCGAGCGAUGAGGGCUUCCUGUCUUCCCACCACAAGCGUGGGCAAUCCUUUCCUCGACAAAACCCUGCACCAUGUGCAGAUGGUAUCUACUCCAAGGAGGUGCAAAAGAAUGUGGUGACCAAGGUUGAGCUUUCCGGACUCUCAUUGGUCCGGUAUGUCUAUCAGGCCAUCCGCCUCGAGAAGGAAGGAAAGCCGGAGGACAGCCUGGCGAACUACACCAACAUGUACGUAUUCGCCAACUCUUCCGGAAAUGCGAGCUGCAAGGAGACGCUGCUGACAGACCCGAGCAGCCGCCCGAAGUUCACAGCCGCGCUGAAGGCGGUGGUGGACGCUGCGAAGAAGAAGCAGAAGAGCAUGAUCAUGGUGGAGCGCCGCAACGGCUACAGAGCCUUGCUUGCUUUGCUGCAGGCCGAAGCAGAGAAGCACAAGUUCAACGUGGCUGAGUACCAUCAGCUGGCAGACUUCAACAGCCGCGAGAACUUGAGAGGGCAACGUUUCAUGGUCAUGAUCCUGGAGACAGAGAGGGGCGGCGAGGGCAUCGAACUCAGGGCCGUCCGCUUGGCCGUCUUUUUGGACGUCCCGAAGCGCUUUCCCGACUACAAGCAGCGCUGUGGAAGGGUCGUCCGCUGUGGGAGCCACGAUGGCCUCUCAGAAACUGAUCGAGAAGUCCGCUUCAUGUUCUUUACAUCGGUCUUCCCGCACUUCGCGCAGAAAGAGCUGGGUGCCUUUGCGCUGUUUGCCCUUUGCGGCUAUUGGAACGGCCCGAAGAAGAUCACCUACGCCUCCGAGCCUGCGCCGGAGCAGCUAGUGGAAGCUGCCAAAGGCUUCGUUCAGACAGCUGCAGCGAAGGGCAUUCGCACUCUCCCCGGCCUGGAACAGGCCUUGAGGCAUCAUGCUGGUGAAGACGGUUUGCUCAAUGAGGAGCUCCCUCCGAAGCUCUACCAUCGCCUCUCUGGCGGACUCGCAGCCGUGAAGACCAAGGGUGCCAGCAAAGUGAUCUCGAAGACGCCUCUGAAGACCUACGAUCAGAAGCUGCAGCGGCAGCUCCGGCUUCAGUUUGAGGACAUGGCGCCGGCACUGGCAAAGAUUCGGGGCAUCGCUCUGGAUGUGGGCAUGUACUGA